AUGCCGAACAAGCGGGCCGCCGAGGGCGCGGGCGCGGGCGAGGACGUGGAGGGCGACGAGGCGCUCGGCAACCAGAAGCAGCUGCCGAGGGCAAUGGCGAGGCUGCUCCUUCAACACGAAGGGCAUCGUCGUGCCCAUGCGAGGGACGACAAUAUAGUGAUGGAGAUCGCCGAGGACUCCAGCCUCCAGACGCUGCUGGACAAGGCGGAGGAGUGUUACGACGAGAUGGGCAAAUCUGCCCGCAAGGCUCCGGACUUCCAGGGCCAUCCGGAGGGCAAGCGGCCGGACGCGAUGAUGCGCAGCAUUCUGCAGCGCCUCGCCCGGGUCGUGCAGGAGGGGCAGGCCGUGCUCGGGCCCACCAUCGCUCAGCUCCCAGAUCCGGGGGAGCAGGAGGAGUGGGGAGCCAAGGCAGCAUCACCCGCUGGGCGCGAGCUUCGCGCGACCCGGUGCUUCCACCUCCCACCGAACUCUGAAGACAAGGUGCGCUGGAUCUUCGCGCUGAAGGCCGAGCCGAAAGUUGAGGCGAUGUUUCAACUGUUUCGUGCCACCCAGUGUCUGAAGCCUCUCGACAUCUCGUUUCAAUUCGAUCAUGCGCUGGAGAGCAAAGCGGCCAAGAAAGUGAAAGAGCUGGCCUUCGGUGGUGGUAAGAAGGAGGGCCGGGGGCCGAAGAAGGCCAAGAAGAGGUGA